AUGUCUACCGCAAACCUCCGUCCCGUCGAAGGAUACGACAAACUCGCCGCGUUCAUAGAAGCCGACCCGGGACUAGCCAUUUUCCGACGUUUCACAAAACUCAAUAUCAAAAGUAUUCUCUAUUAUCAAGCCGAGAUAGCGAACCUCGAAGAGGACCUUGAUUUCAUCAUUCAGGAUGACAAGGACUCACAGGACGAGAAGAAGCAGCUGUAUCCCUUCUCAGUACGGGACCUGAAAGAGGGCAAUCCUACGCAGUGGUCGAAAUUUCAAGAAGCGCGGCAGUUGAUGGAAAAGUUUAACCAUGCUAUCAUUCAACAACGGGAGCUCAUGCGCCUCAGCACGCCAGAUAAAUGUGACUUGACUGUGCUUCGAGAGUGGCUUGACCGGCCUGAAGGCGGGGACAUGUUCUUUGAAUCUGCUGCCGAGAUGGACGUCUACAACGAACGGAACGAUAGUGAUAUGAUCGCCCUGUUUAGUAGACAUGAAGGUGUCGACAAUCUAACUCGGUUGAUAUUCAACCGAGUCGUCCCAUGGUUUCAUAAGCGUUGGGGCGAAAAAUAUCAACGCAAUGAAAAUGGCGCCUGGCAGUAUAGUGACAAGAAGAUCAAGGCAUGCACCCACUUUUUUAGUGUCAUUAUCGCUGCGGUGUUGCCUGCAUCAUCGAUGAUAGUGCUAUACUUCAUCAAAAACACUGCUAUCAGGAUGGUCACUAUCAUGCUGUACAACAUUGCUUUUUCGCUGGCGCUGGGCUUGAUGGUCAGAGCUCGAAGGGUUGAGAUCUUUGCGGCGGCUACUGCCCCCGGAAUCAUAUCCUACAAAGCAGUAAUUACAGAUACCCAAUAG